AUGGAGAUUGUGGAGAGGACGACGGAGAUUACGGCGGAGGAAGGUUGUACGACGCCGAGAAGCAGGAAAUAUAGGAUUCCGGUGACGUCUGUUUGUCCUCCGCCACCGAGGAAGAAAUCUAUGGUGGUUAGGAUACGAGAUCCACCGAGGAACGGUUAUUUUCAGCCACCGGAUCUGGAAACUCUGUUUUAUGCACUUCCUCGAAGAGAAGCUUGCGCUUAA